AUUAAUCUCCAUGUCAAGUCAAAAUCAGACGAACAAAGUAUACAACAAGAACGUCAACAAAGAAGCAGCUAUAACACAACCUUUUCUUUGGGGGAAGACUGAAGAAUAAAGUACUCAUCAUUUAAUUGUUGAUGGCUGGGUUGCAAAGAUCAGUUGUUUCAUUCCGUAGACAAGGUUCCUCUGGUCUAACAUGGGAUGACAAAUACUUACCAGGUGAACUGAUCAAUCAGCCUGUUAAACAUGAACAAGAAACUAACGAAAAACGUGUCAAAGAGGAAAUGAUGCUGCAGGUGAAUGCUUCAUCAAGAACAUCCGUUGGAUCAACAGAGAGGAGCCGAUCCAACAGUGGUUUUCCAACUAGGUGGAUGUCUCCGGUAGUAGAGCCACCAUCUCCUAAGUUAUCUGCAUGUGGAUUGUGCAGUGCUAUUAAUGGCAAAAAAGAUAAGUCCCACGGUCGACUUCAGUAGGGUAAGCAUGCUUUGUGAGUCAGUGUGUUCAAAAUCAGUGGCGAAAGCAGGAAUUUUUAGACAAGGGAUAUUCAGCUCCUUUGUAAACAUGGCUCUGCCACUGUUUAGAAUGUAAUUAAUGCAUCUAAAAAUCCUUUAUCAUAUGUAUGCACAAUUGUUUUAGUCAUAAGAAAUGAGUUCAGUUGAGCUGUACGCCUUUGUGUGUAAUUUACGUGAAUACACUUUGAUGAGCCGGUGGCUCGAGUGGCCAACAGUGGAAUAUUCCGGUGGGAUCGUUCUCGUUAGUGAAUAGGGAUGUUUCAUCGUAUGCUGUAUUAUGUGCCAGAACGUUGGAGCUAAACGACUUGUACCAGUUUUUUGUUUUGGUUAGUUUAGGUCUGCAGAAAUGCAGUGUGUGUAAACAAGGUUUCUUAGAUUGUCUCAGUAAUUUCUGAGUAUUGUUUCUCUUAUCUUUCUCCUUUUGAGCAGCUGUGAGGCAAAUAUUCAAUGCAAAUAUUAUUUAAAUUGGGUAUUCAAUGUAAAUACUAUUGUAGGCAAGCAUCAUCCUUUCUAAUUCAACAUGCAGAAAGCUUUCAUCCGGUCGAGCUACUUAAAAUUUAAUCAACUGUACAAUAUGACAUAUGGUUUCCAAAGGGGUUUAUAUGUUAUCACUACUCUUAUUCUCAGUUUUAUAAUUGAAUCAAAUACUCAAAAUCUUGCAUGGUGCAUAAAAUCGGGCAGUAAAAAAGGAAGGGAUAG